GGAUUGAGCAUUGAUGACCUCAUAAUGUGAACCUGAGACGCUGUAUGAGACAGCGUAUGAUCAUUUCGUAGAAAACAUGGAGGACCAAAUGACAAAUCAGUUUUUUUGAAAGAGAGCUAGCAAUGAGCGAUCCCAUUGAGAACUUGUCAUCUAACGUCAGUUUACUCCGUACAGAAGGCUGGACAAUGAACACGGCGCUAGCUCCUUACUGUGGCCGGGAGAUGCCAAGGAUCAAAGCGAUUACCAUGAGUCACAUAUCAGAUUCAUUGAUCUGCUCGUUCAAUUGCUUUUCUUCCUAUGCAGCGGAUGCCAGUGUAGGAUUGAUUCAAGCGACCACUGUUGCAGUGUCUCGGGCGUCAUCAGACAACUUUCCGCGUUGUGGUAGCUGUGAACCAAGGCUCUGUGGUACUCCAAAUUCGGGAAUUGUAUUCUUUCCCAACCUCUCAAAGGCUGUUGAGGGGUAUAUUGCUUUUGUCAACCCAUCUCCAUGUAGACCUCACUUAAUCAUGCACGGAGCGGAGCAAUGAAGGUCGAAGACCAUUAAUGCAGUCAAGCAGCAAUACUACCCAACAAUGUCAAUCGAUGACAGGAAUCCUAACCGGCGUAGAUAGAACCAUCAUCAAAAGACUGUUUCACCACGAUAUACUCGUAGAGGUAGGUAUGUGAUUGGCGGAGGUCGUGUAUUGCAACACGCCUAGUGGUCACCGAGUGCAGCUAACAGAGUAGCCUAACAAAAUCAGAUUAAGAAAUUGGAGGUCUAGCCUUUGACUGGAUUAUCGGAUUGUUGUACCAGUUGUGCUUAUCAAACAAGUCAGCCACCUAGGUGGUCGCAUGAACUGUUACUCCGUCAGAAUGCUCGGUUGUUCUUAA